CAUGUUAAUGACGACAAAUAUUGCGACGCCAUGAUGACGGUAACUGCGCUGAGUGUUGGGUUGUGACUCUCAGCGCACGUGCCUGGCGCCUUACAGCAGCUAAAUGCAGUCGCAUACUUGAAGCUUUUGUGCGUUGAUUCAGUCUAGUGUUAAUUAUAUUAAAACAAGUCACAUUGGUUGCAGAAAUGCCGAAAGUGAAGAAAUCCAAAGGCGGCGGAGGGGAGAAAAAAGUGCCGACGUUGGCUCUUGCUGAUCAGAUACUUCAAGGAGAUGCGGUAAAGGCUACUAACCGGGUGAAGAAUAGGGAUCGCCGGCAGGAGGAUGAGGACGAGUACGUGGAUGAACGUCUGUCCCGAAAGAUUUUACAGCAGGCACGGAUACAGCAAGAAGAACUUGAGACCGAGUAUGGACUUGGUACAUCUUCGGUGACCAAGAAACAACCCUCCACCGUUUUAGGCUCUGGGUCUCAGGAUCCGGAUUCUGAUGAAGAGUGGCCAUCUUUGGGUGUAGAAGGGCAAUGUGAAGACAUGGAGUUUGGCUCUGUAGUUGAGGUGGACCCUGAGGAUGAGAAAGCUAUCCAGAUGUUUAUGAACAAGAACCCACCAGUCAGACGAACGCUAGCCGACAUCAUCAUGGAGAAGAUUACUGAGAAGCAGACUGAGGUGGGCACCGUGAUGUCUGAGCUUUCGGGCCGUCCCCUCCCGCAGCUGGAUGCCAGGGUCAUCGAGGUUUACAAAGGCGUCAGCAAGGUCCUGUCCAAAUAUCGGAGCGGGAAGCUCCCCAAGGCUUUCAAGAUCAUCCCAGCCCUGUCCAACUGGGAGCAGGUUCUGUACCUGACCGAGCCGGAGACCUGGACCGCCGCUGCGAUGUACCAGGCCACAAGGAUCUUCUCCUCCAACCUGAAGGAGCGGAUGGCCCAGCGCUUCUACAACCUGGUUCUGCUUCCAAGGGUCCGUGACGACAUUGCUGAGUACAAGCGCCUCAACUUCCACCUAUACAGCGCGCUGAAGAAGGCGUUAUUUAAACCCGGGGCCUGGUUUAAGGGAAUCCUGAUACCGCUGUGCGAGUCGGGAACCUGCACACUUCGGGAGGCCGUAAUCAUCGGCAGCAUCUUAACCAAGUGCUCUGUGCCUGUGCUGUACUCUAGUGCCGCCAUGCUCAAGCUGGCCGAGAUGGAGUACAAUGGUGCCAACAGCAUCUUCCUGCGGCUGCUGCUGGACAAAAAGUACGCCCUGCCCUUCCGGGUGCUGGACGCGCUGGUGGCUCACUUCCUGCGCUUCCGUACGGAGAAGCGAACCCUUCCUGUGCUGUGGCACCAGAGCCUGCUCACAUUGGUGCAGCGCUACAAGGCGGACCUGGCCUCCGAGCAGAAGGGGGUGCUGUUGGAGCUGCUCAAGUUCCAGACACAUGCCCAGAUCUCCGCCGAGGUCAGGCGGGAGCUGCAGCAUUCGCAGUCCAGGGACGAGGAGGUUGGGGUCGCGCCUUUGAUGGUGCUGGACUGAGUGGAAUGGACUUCAGGGCUUUUGGGUCAUUGUUUUCUGGAGUUCCUUGACUUCUGUAAUCUGACCAGCUGCUCCUCCUAUCACAGCCUGACCCCCCCAUCUCUAUGCCUAAAACAACUCAAUCCAGGUCCCUUGCAGCUACAGUAAAUCAUGUAGCCUGAAGCCAUUAAACUCCAUCCCACUGUUUAGUUAGGGUUAUUUUUUUUCUGAAGGUUUCUAACUGAGGUACUAGCUCUCAGUAUCCCCUGGUUGCUUAAUUUUCAGUCCAUGGACCUUGGACAUUCACUUGAUCUAAUCUAACCAUGAGUUUCCUGCCUGGAAGAUCCACAAGAAAGAUUAUCAGAACAAGAGAGUGUAAAAGACAUGAUUCCUCAUUAAAACAGCAGCUUUAGCACGUUGUUGCAAGAUGACGCUUCCAUUAAUAUCUCAAAGAAGAAACAGAUCUAAAGUACAAAUUGAGAUUUACUCUCGAAUGGGAAUGCAGCACAGUCACAACCAGUAACUGGAAAGUAAGGUUUGAUUUUCCUCAGUUUGUUUUUGCCAUGAUCCAGUUCAACUGAAAUAAACCACAUUUGCUGGUUCCA